AUGGCGGCGGCCGGCCGGCUGCGGCGGCGGCUGCUGUUGGCGGUGCCGUGGCGCUGGCGCUGCAGCCCCCGCCGCGGGGGUGCCGGCUGCCCGCUGGCGGGGCAGGUCCGCGCCACCUUCCUCCGCUUCUUCCAGGAGCGCCACGGCCACCGCCGCCUGCCCUCGGCCCCCGUGCGGCCCCGCGGCGACCCGGGCCUCCUCUUCGUCAACGCGGGCAUGAACCAGUUCAAGCCCAUUUUUCUGGGCACGGUGCACCCCCGGAGCGAGCUGGCACAGCACCGGCGGGUGGUGAACAGCCAGAAGUGCGUGCGCGCGGGAGGGAAGCACAACGACUUGGAGGAUGUGGGCCGAGAUACUUACCAUCACACGUUCUUCGAGAUGCUGGGGAACUGGUCCUUUGGGGAUUACUUUAAGGAGGAGGCAUGUAGCAUGGCCUGGGAGCUCUUGACAGAGGUCUACGAGAUCCCCAGAGAUCGUCUCUAUGUCACCUAUUUUGGCGGAGACUCCUCACUGGGGCUGAGCGCAGAUGAGGAGUGCAGGGACGUAUGGCUCCACCUGGGGGUGCCUGCCAGUCACGUGCUUCCUUUUCCGUUGAAGGACAACUUCUGGGAGAUGGGGGACACAGGUCCCUGCGGUCCCUGCACGGAGAUCCACUAUGACCACGUGGGUGGUGGCAGAAAUGCUGCGGCACUGGUGAACCAGGGCAGCCCCGAUGUAGUGGAGAUCUGGAACCUGGUCUUCAUGCAGUAUAGCAGAGAGGCGGAGGGAAAUCUGCUUCCCUUGCCACAGCACCACGUGGAUACAGGAAUGGGCCUGGAAAGGCUGGUGACAGUUCUGCAGAACAAACGCUCCAACUACGACACAGAUCUCUUCACUCCCAUCUUGGAUGCCAUUCACAAGGGCUGCGGGGGCCGAUACCAAGGUCUGGUCGGGGAUGCUGAUGUUGGGCGUGUGAAUAUGGCCUACCGUGUGGUGGCAGAUCAUGUGCGCACCUUGUGCGUGUGCAUCACAGAUGGCGUCUACCCAGGCCUCUCCGGAGCAGAACUGGUGCUGCGUCGGAUCCUGCGCAGGGCUGUCCGCUUUUGCUCUGAAGUCCUUCGCGCUCCACCUGGGCUCCUGGCCUCCCUGGUGCCUACCGUAGUGGAAGUGCUGGGAGAUGCUUAUCCAGAGCUGACGAAGAAUGCAGACCAGAUCAUGGAUAUCAUCAAUGAGAACGAAGCAGCUUUUCUGUCCUCCCUCGAGCGUGGGAGGCGCAUCAUUGAGCGGACAGUGCAGCAGAUGGAGCCCUCCACAAAUUUCCCAGCUGAAGUAGCCUGGUCUCUUUAUGGGAAUUUGGGAUUCCCUCUGGAUCUGAUUGACUUGAUGCUUGAAGAAAAGGGAAUCAGUUUGGAUUCAGCUGCUUUUAACGAACUUGCUCUGGAAGAUGCAAAGCGGAAGGCUGGUGGCCCGCAGGCAGGACAGCUGGAGGACACAAACACGCGCCUUGAUGUGCACUCGCUGGCUCAGCUGCGGAGCAAUGAUGUGCCUGCUACUGAUGACUCUCCAAAGUACGCCUACACACUUGGGCAGGACGGGCAGUACGAGUUCAGCCCAUGCCAGGCCACUGUCCUGAUGCUGUACAGAGAUCAGUCUCUCCAGAAGGAGGUUGGGGCAGGGCAACGCUGUGGUGUCAUCUUGGACAGGACUAACUUCUAUGCAGAGCAGGGUGGACAAGCCUCUGACCAAGGCUACAUGAUACGUUUAGGACAGCAGGACAUACUCUUCCCUGUAGAGUCAGUUCGUGUCUGUGGUGGUUACGUGAUCCAUGAGGUCACUGCUGUGGAAACCCUGCGUGCUGGUGACCAAGUGCAGCUCUUUGUGGAUGAGGCCCAGCGGCUGGCCUGCAUGACUAACCACACUGCUACCCACCUGCUGAACUUUGCGCUCCGCCACGUCCUGGGUGACAACACAGAGCAACGAGGGUCCCAUGUGACAGCAGAGCGGCUGCGCUUCGACUUUGAUACCAAGGGCCCUGUGACUGUGGAGCAGCUGCAGCAAGUGGAACAAGUGGUCCAGGAUGUGAUCAAACGAAAUGAGCUUGUGCAUAUGGCUGAGGUCCCCCUCACACUGGCAAGAAGAGUUCAGGGACUCCGUGCGGUGGAUGAGGGGUAUCCAGAUCCAGUGAGGAUAGUGUCCCUGGGGGUCCCUGUGGAGAGUGUGCUGGCCCGCGACUCUGAGGCUGCAAUGCAGACCUCUGUGGAGCUCUGCUGUGGGACGCACCUUCUACAAACAGGAGCUGUGGAAGAUCUGGCCAUCAUCAGUGAGCGUCAGCUUGUUAAAGGGAUUAGCCGUGUCAUUGCAGUGACAGGGGGACAAGCCAAACAGGCCCGGGAAGUAGGCCAGUGCUUGGCUCUGGAAGUGGACUCUGUCUCCCUACGAAUGAAGCAGAGGACCACCUCUAUUCCUGAGAUGCAGAACCUUUCUAAAGAAGUGGGCCAGUUGACCAAAGUGGUGGCUAGCACUGCAAUGCCCCAGUGGCAAAGAAAAGAACUACAGACCAUCCUCAGAGCGCUACAGCGAACAGCCAACACGGCCAUCAAGAAACUGGAGGUGCAGCAGGCUGAAGAGAAGGCACAAAGCCUGCUAGCAAAACAUUGCAACCAACCUGUCAUCAUUGAUACUGUCCCAGCUGACUCCCUCUCUAUCCUAAUGAAGGUAGUGAACCAGCUGUGUGACAAGUCUCCCGGCACAUCAGUCCUUCUGCUCAGCCCUCAGGCUUCUGGUGAGGUGUUCUGUGCCUGUCAGGUGUCCAAGAAUUGCCUCCCCGUGUUCUCUGCUGCUGACUGGGCCGUGGCUGUCUGUACACAGAUGGAAGGGAAGGCAGGAGGUUCUCCCAUCGUCGCUAAGGGCAGUGGAAACACCAAGGGCCUGCAGGGAGCCCUUACUACUGCACUGGAGUUCGCUCAGAGUAAACUCUGAAAUAACUGUGAUGCUUUGGUGGCAGGACAAUUGUAUGCAGACAAGCUGCAAGCUACGUGGACGCUUGAUGCAGAGCACACAUUGUACUCUGCUGAUCUGAAAGGUUUAGUAGCUCCCACACUGAACAUUGCUGCAACGACUGCAUUGGAGCAUUUGGCUUCUGGCCAUCAGGGAUCAGCAGAAACCCCGCUCCUGAUCCCACUGACAGAAUGAUGCUGCCUGUUCUCAGCAUGGACAUAUGGGGAUUGAGUCUCAGAAAGCACCAGUUGCAGCAGCAGAUCCUGCUGCUUCUGGAACAGUGCAGUUCUUGCCACAAGACCAGCACUGAGAGGCUCCAUGAGAGCUUGGGGAGAUGGCACAGUGUUAUCCUAAAGCCAUUAAAUGGCAGAGAGU